GAAAUAAAAUGAAUGCGAAAAAAUCAAUAAAGAAAAAGAAAAAGAUAAUAAAAAUAAUAAGUUAGUGAAAAAGAAACUUAUUAACCAACAAAAAGGUGUUUUUGUAAACGAACAAAAAAUGACAAGGGGUUAAUGUUUAAAUUAUUAAAUAAAUAAAUUAGUACUUUGAAAUAUUAUUAAUGUGUUAUCAUUGCAAGUUCAUUUUUGUAAGGAGCAUUUGAAUUCGUUAGUUAAAAAUUCUACAAGAGAAUUUAUGCGCUCCUUAAUAAAUAUCAAAGUAAAUAAAACUUUAAACGUAAAAAUCAAAUGACCUGGCUAAUGUUUGUCUCAAUUAAUUGUCAUGUAUUCAUUUAUAUUUAUGUUAACAUUAGUAUUAUAUACAGUAUCCUUGGAUAUCAACUUAAUAACAUUGGAAACGGUGUUCAAUAUUUAGAGUAUGAACCCUGGUCAGACAAUCCUAGAUAUGGGGAGGCCAGCUUGCAGUUUUUGUUUAAGACAAAUGUACCAAAAGGAGUUCUUUUGACAGUGGCCAGUAAAGGUGAUCACAAACUUCAAAUAUUUUUAGAUGAAGGUAAACUACACGUUCUAUUAGUAAUGGGAGGAAAAAAUAUUGUAAACCAAAAAAAUAUCCACAUAGGAAAACAAUGGAAUGACAUGAAAUGGCAUACAGUAAAAUUAACACGAAGAUUUCGUAUUGUUACAAUAUCAAUAGACAACAUGGAAGAGACUUUAAUUUCAAAUGGAAAAAUACCAGACAGGCUAAAUGUUGAUUCCGCACACUUAUAUAUUGGAUGGGAUCCUGAUCAGAACAAUGAAGGUUUUACAGGAUGCAUUAUAAAUAUUUCGUAUCCUAUUGGAAGCAAUCCAAAGGAACCCGAUCAUGUAGUAGGAGAAGUAAAAGAUGAAUGUGACGACGAAUGCACUGAUAAAGAAAAUACAUGUCUUAACGGGGGCAAGUGCGUCAAAAAUCUAGAUAAGUCCAAACCGUUUUGUGAUUGUAGUGGAACAGGAAUGACUGGAGAAAGUUGUUCUAAAGAAGUGCCAGUUGUGUAUUUCAAUGGAAGUUCGUUUGUAUCGUUCCCUGUACAACCUUUUGAGCACUUUCGGAAAAAUAAAAUUUCUUUUCGUUUUCGUACAACAGAACCAAAUGGUUUAAUAAUUACCAGUGGAAAUUCUCAAAGACAUUUUAUUGUUGAGCUCAACAGAGGGAACAUCCAAGCAAAUAUUUCUAUGGGAGCAGACAGUAUAGUUGUGUUAGCUGGUAACAGUGCCCUUCACGAUGGAAUAUUUCAUUCUGUUAUUAUCGAAAUAUUUGGACCAGAGGUUGUUUUAAGCGUUGAUAGAGAGAGUUUUCCAAAGAGUUAUGUUGAUCAGAAGUUUUUGAAAUACCAACCUACAGGCUGGAUGGAUUUAAAAUAUUAUUCUACAGAGUGUACAGACGAAUAUAAAAGUUUGGAAGAAGACGAAGAAAGAUUUUACAUUUUUGUUGGAGGUUAUCCGUACGUUAACACUUUAUUGAUUUCCGCUAGUAAAGUAAAUUACAAUGGGUGUUUACAGCAACUUCUGAUUGAAAGUCAAAAUCUCGAUGUUGUAGAAAAAAUAGUAUUUGAAAAGAAAACACUUAUUGAAGGUCAGCUGCUGUUUAACUGUCCUGUUAAAGAAAAUAAAAACGUAGAUAAUCUAUUGGCUAUUGACGGUAAUAUUAAAUCACAGUUGCAGACAAUGUUCAAAUCAAAAUUAAGUCAAACUACAGUUGCGUGGAUAACAGGAGGAAUUUGUGUGGGUACGGUUGCAUUAAUAUUAAUGCUGGCAUGCGGGUUUCAUAAAAUUCGUAACAAAUACAAUGGACAGUUUCUCACACAUAAAGGUGGUAAUUUCUUUCAUACGAGAGAAGCAUUAGAAAAAAUAAAUGGCCGGGUAGCAAAAGAGUUUUAUUUAAUUUCUUCAAGGGACAACAGUCCACGAAUUUUCGAUGGUAGCCCACGCAUUUUUGAGUCUCCGUUUAGAAGAGAUGUUCAUGGAGCUGUUGUUUAACUUGAGUAAAAGUAAAACGUUUUAAGUAAACUUUUUAAGAAUAGAAAAAAACUUGCAAUAAAAUAGUUAAUGAAAAUAAAACAAGACCAAA